UUUUUUCUCGUUUUCUUUCUGUCUAUGUCGGUCGGUCCGGUUCCGGUGUAUCCUUUUCUUUGCGGUGCGAAAAAAACACGAGAAUAAAAAAAUUUUAUAUCUGAAAAAAAAAAAAAAUUAUCCUCCUUUCGUGGUUUGGUUGUUUGCAUGCGAUGGUUGAGUCAUCAUCCUCCUCCAGCACAACGACGACCACACAGAGAUGAAGUGAAAAUCAGUGGAAAGUGAAAAUUAUGUUAUGAUUUUUUAUAUGAAUUCAGUGUGUCCUUGGAGAGAAAAAAUAAAAUCAUAAAAAAAAAAAAAAUAAAAAAACGAGUGCCACAGAUUAUCCGACUUGAAAUAUACAAAAAAAUAGGAAAAAAAAAUAUAAUAUAAUCAUUAUUCCAUAUCAUUGGAGGAGCGCGCAUUUGGAAUGAUAAAUAGGAUCUAGUUUAAUUUUUGUGUCCUUUUUUUCUUCUUCUCUAUCGUGAGUUAAUGCGGAUUCUGUGAGUUGUGUCGGUGGUUCUUUUUUUUUUUGCUUUCUUGUUGAUGAAAGAAAUCUGUUUGUAAAAUGCAACAGGUUAUAAAUUUGUGAAUCAUUAAAAUUAAUUAUUACAUUUUUGAAUAAAGAAGAAUUUAAAUGUGAUGGUGAUAAAUAUUGGAAUGUGUAAAAGGAUUUUUAUGAAUGAAAACCGAUUUGCUGCCAUAAAAAGAAUUUGUUUCACAUAAAAAGAUCAAUGAUCAAUGUCACAAUAAGCGCAGAGAAGAAUGAAUAUCAACCUGUGACUCUGCCAUAAACAAUACAAAUUUUCCACGACUCUCAUCCAUUCAAAUCGAUAUGCAAGAUACAAAAAUAAAAAUAAAGAAAUGAUUGGGAAUUGUAUUGCCAAGUGCUGUGGUGCUUUUAUUUUCCCAUUGUUGUGAGAAUUGAAAAAAAAAACCGCUGUACAUCAGACUCACCUGGUGGCUCAAUCAUCUAUCUCUCUUUCUCUGCCAUUGAUUCAACCAGGACAACAACAACAACAACAAACAAAUAAUCAAUCAAAUUCAAUACAGACAAACAAACUUCUGCAAGUGACACGCACAAUAAUGUUGAUGAUGUUGAUGCUGAUGAGUUCAAAAGCAGUAAAUUGCGUUCAUACCAGGUGGCCACAUCCACACCAUUGUCAUCCACACUAACAGCUUUAUCCGCUUUUGAUCCUGCGAUUUGCCGUCACAAAAAAUUAUGAUAAACUGGUCCUGAGAACAAUAACAUUUUCAAGCCAUAAAAUCAUCUCUCCCUUAGCUUUACACUCACACACAAAGAAAAAAAGGGAAAGUUCCGUUUUUUUUGCGAUAUAACUCCCCCCGAUUUCCAUCAUCACCAGAAUGGAACGAUACGAACACAUAUGUAAUGGGACUUAAAUAAUCUUGACGCACACUUAAGCGCGUUCGUUCAUCAUCUCUGCUGGUCUGAGUGAUAUUAUGAGUGGCUGCCAAAGCUGAAGAAGAAAAUAAUUCGGAUUAGUGUCAAACGGAAUCAUUGAAUAGCGUCACAAGUGGGAUCCUUUCUAGAUGUUGUUGGGGUGUCCUUGGAGAGUGUUAUUGUUGUUGUUCGUUUUGUCAAUUCCGUAUACCUAAUUCAAUAGACGAAAGGCAGGCCUUAAAAAAAGGUGGAGGAGGGCUUUUUGCCUCUUUCUUUUUCAAAUGAACCGAUCAAAUGCAAAGUAGGCAAAACAAGAGUCCUUUGGCAAUAUUGUAUAAAGACUCUUUGUGUAGACCCACGUGGGUUGCCAAUUAUAUCCAUUUGUGUCAUCUCUCCACAAUGAAUAAUUCAUGAGAUCCACCGCAGUUUGUUUUCGGUCAAAGUCGACAAACACAACUGAUACUACCUCAAGACUGUGAUUCAAAUAGGCGUGUGUCGUCAUCCCCGGGACUCGAUAUACCAAAAUGACAGAGAUUACGCGGAAUUCCACUGAUGCCCGCAUCCAUGCGAUAACUCGAGACACGUACCGUUCGAGCUGCAACUCAACACCCGAGGUGUAUGCACCCACAGCAAAUGGCAACUACCGCAAUCCACCGUUGCAAGUGCUCAACGGACACUCGAAUAGCUGCAGCACAGGAAGCAGUAGCUUGACGAAUCGGGAGGCUUUCGAAGAACGCGAAAUGUAUUACGUGUCGCCGACAAAGCGAAAAAGUAGCCGAGGUGAAAAUCGCUCCGAGAACCUUCAUCACGUUCGUCGGUCAUCGAUGACCUGGAACCCGCUCAGUUUGGUCUCGGCGACGAUACAAAAGAAACGGUCCGACGAGGCACGUUCCCCUACCACAGAUAGUGGUGGCGGUGGUGGUGGAGUUUUAUGUCAUCCCUCAUAUGGGACAAUACGUUCCGAAACGGCCAUGGACAAUUUCGAGAAUUCUAGCCAUUAUUCAGAUUCGGCGAUGCAACUUCUCCGGUCGGGCAGCUGUAGCGGAGUUGGUGGUGUUAUUGGCAAUAACAAUCUAGUCACGGCAGCGAGCAGUAGCAGCAGCAGUAUGCACACGCUUCUGCCAUCGUCGGCCACAGCGGCACGUACCCCUAAUAACGUGACAUUCUCGAAUUGCACAGAGGAACGGCCGUUUUAUUCAAACCGCGGUUCGUUGCGACGCAGCAAGGGACGGAGUAACCAGUCGCUGUGUAGUUGUGAUGCUGGUGCGGAGACGGAAAUCAAUCCGGAUCCGAUCCGGCCGCUGUAUCAAUAUAGCUUGGAACGACGCAGCAAAGGACACACGUAUACGUGCGAGCAAAACGCACAGAUACUUAUGAGACUGGAACGUGAGCGCAAUAGAAAACUAUCGCUUAAGGACUCUGCGGGGAAGGAUGCAUUUGCGACUAAUGCUAGCGGAAAGAGUUGUGUAAAUUCAUCUCUUGAUAGUUCACAGUGCGAUUCCCAAUCAGAUGUCGACCUGAUACCACCACCACCACCUCCUGCCUUGGCAAAUCGAAAACCACCCACCAGCCUCUUCCAUACUGAUUUGUUACCUGAUUGUGGUGGCACUGGCACCACUGGCGGAAGAGGAGAAGGAGGAGGAAUUGGGAAUAGCAAUAGCUUCGAAGUGUCCUCAAUUCUGGAUGAUUGUGCGUCGACAAUGAUGAAGUGUGCGAACGUGGGCUCGAAUUUGGCCUUUAGUAUAGGACAAUCGGUGAAGCCGGAUGUUUGUCAUGUAAACACGGCUGAAGAUAGGGAACAACAACAAAUACAACAUCACAACAACACAUCAGCAUCAUCACGAAUGAUGGCUCCCUCGACGACGACACCAUUAGGCAGUGGAGCUGCUACCACUACGAAUAUUUGUCCAUGCAUCAGAGAUGACUUCUCCCUUGGUAACAGCUCCAUCAUGCUAAACAAGAUGAAGAAAUCCGAUGAAGAGGAAACGUUGUGUGCAUUCCAUGCCUACAAUCAUCUACAACAACAAAAACAACAACAACUUCAUCAUCAUCAUCAUCAUCAAUUGUUAGAACACGAAGGAGACUUGGAUACUACAAAGUUCAAUAACAACAACAUCAACCGCAGCAGCCUCAGUUUAGGUAAAUACAAUACAAUUGGACCAAGCAGCGAGUAUGCAAAGCAAUUAGCCUCCUAUGCCACAUCAUUCGCCCAUCACCAAAAGCAUCCGCCGCAUCACUCGUCGACCACAGAAAGCCUCAAACGCAAUCAGCAACAGCAGCAGCAGCGUAAUCUGGAACGUUUGCGUUGCUUAUCCCAAUCGUUGUCGAAUUUUUCAACCAGCGGCGGUACAACCAUCACAUCGGAUUCCCUGCGCCAUCUUCAUCACACAUCCCAUCAUCACCUGCAUUCGCAUCCAUAUCAUCAACAGCAGCAGCACCACCAACAACAACAACAUCCUAGACAUAUCGGGGAUGUUUAUCAACAUGAUGGAUACAAAAUGCAUUGGCAUUCAAACUGUGUCAAUAAGGAGCGGUCUAAUGGUGGUGGUUCGGUUGGUGGUGGUGCUUUUGUGGAUUUAACAACAAUGCCAACGAAUACUCUCGGUAGACAUCCUUAUACACAGUUUCAAACACCUUCGAAUGCAUUCAGCAGCUGUAGCUUUGGCGGAUCGAAUAUUAUAAAUAGUUCGUUCACGACAUUGGCCAGCGGCUCGAGUAGUGGCCUUAAGGAGAAACUGCAGCAGCACGAACAGAUGGAACAACAUAUGCAGCAUAAGCAAUUGCAAAAGCAAUUGCAUUCGUCUAGUUCGACAACGAGUAUAAUGCCAUGGAAGCAUCGUCAGUGUCCUAGUCGGGGAUCAUCUAGUUCGGGGACGAAUUCAUUUCGAUUCGAUGCUGCGAAACACUGGCUAGCUGUUAGUUCGAUACUUUUAAUAAUUGGCGCUGCAAGUGUUGCCGUGCCGUUGGCCUUACGUGUAGCUGCAAGUGCUCCAUUCGAAGAGCGUUUACGAGUGGCUAUUCAACUCCUGGAUCAAGUGCCUUUAAUCGAUGGGCAUAACGACCUACCGUGGAAUAUUCGCAAGUUCCUGCAUAACAAGCUUAACGAUUUCAAUUUCGAUGAGGAUCUUAGGAAUGUCAUGCCCUGGGCUAGAAGCCAAUGGAGUCAUACAGACCUGCAGAGACUGAAGAAAGGACGUAUUUCUGCCCAGUUCUGGGCAGCUUAUGUACCUUGUGAAGCACAACAUCGAGAUGCUGUUCAACUGACGCUCGAACAAAUCGACGUAAUUAAACGACUGACUGAACGCUAUUCGCCACAGCUGACGACAUGCACAUCAGCGGCGGACAUCAUUGAAGCCCACAAGAAUCAUCAGCUAUGCUCGUUAACCGGCGUCGAGGGUGGCCACUCAUUGGGCGGCUCAUUGGCUGUCCUCCGAACGUUGUAUGCCAUCGGAGUCAGGUAUAUGACUCUGACAUCCACCUGCCAUACACCUUGGGCCGACUCAAGUUACGCUGAUGCACCAACCUUCAAUGUUAAACACGGAGGUUUGACUAUUUUUGGCAAGACAAUCAUACGCGAAAUGAAUCGCCUCGGCAUGAUGGUUGACCUUUCACACGUGUCUGUUGGCACAAUGCGUGAUGCGCUCGAAACCAGCGAAGCUCCUGUGAUAUUCUCCCAUUCGUCAGCCUAUGAGCUGUGCAAUUCCAGUCGCAAUGUUCAGGAUGACAUCCUUCAGUCGCUAGCAAAAAACGGUGGCAUGGUAAUGGUGAAUUUCUACUCGAAAUUCCUCUCGUGCAGUGAUAAUUCUACCGUACAGGAUGCUGUCGCGCAUAUAAAUCACAUUAAGCAAGUAGCUGGUAUUGAUCAUGUUGGGCUGGGGGCCGGAUUUGAUGGAAUUAAUUACACCCCAAAAGGACUCGAAGAUGUUUCAUCAUAUCCAACAUUAUUUGCUGAAUUACUAGGAGAAGGCUGGUCUAUUGAUGAUUUAACCAAAUUAGCUGGUGGUAAUUUUAUACGUGUAAUGUUAGAAGUUGAAAAAAUUCGUGACAUCAAAAAGACAAAUGGUGUUAAACCAUUUGAAGAUCAUCCAAAUUUCCGUACUGACGAUCCAUAUAAUUGUACAUCUAGCUAAUUAAUUACGACCCAAUCGGAAUUGGGAAAAUAAUUACAAAAAUAAAAAAAAAGUAAUACAUAAUAUAGUUAGUUUAUAAGAGUUUGUAAUAAUUUAAAAUUAAGAAUCUUUAUUUUUAUUUAAUAAAAAAAAAAAAGAAAACUAAUUAAUAAUAAAUUUUACUGUGGUGCGAAUGUAAGGCGUACUUUAGAUAUAAUACCCAAUUCCAGUGCCUCUAUCAAUUUGGAAUAAAAACUAAAUUAUAAUAAGAAAAAGAUUAUAAUGAAAUACCUUCUAAUAAGAUAUUUUUUAUAAUUUU